AUGCCUAAAGCCGCUGCGAAAUCCAAGACGAAGGCCACCCGUGGCGACAAGAAGAAGAAGGACCCUAACGCGCCCAAGCGUGGUCUCUCAGCCUACAUGUUCUUCGCCAACGAGCAGCGUGAGAAUGUCCGCGAGGAGAACCCCGGCAUCAGCUUCGGCCAAGUCGGCAAAGUCCUCGGUGACAAGUGGAAGGCCCUCAGCGAGAAGCAGCGCGAGCCGUACGAGAAGAAGGCCGCUGCCGACAAGAAGCGAUACGAAGACGAGAAGGCCAAGUACAAUGCCGGCGGUAGUGACGAGGAUGAAGACUAG